CCCAAAUCACUUCAAACAAUACACCAAACACAAACAUUAGCCAUGGGAAACCCUCUUUUACUCUCCUUUUCCCUUUGCUUCUUAGUCCUCUUCAAUGUCUGCCUAGCAACCGAUCAAAACAUCCAAGGCUACCGCAGCCGGCGCUAUGGCGAGAGCCAGCGCUACGGCGAGGGCCAGCGCCGGUACCGCGAGUGCCGCCUCGACCGACUCGAUGCCCUCGAACCCUCGAACCGUAUCGAGGCCGAAGGCGGUGUGAUCGAGAUGUGGGAUCCUAACCAUGAGGAGUUUCAAUGCGCCGGCGUGGCUUUCCAGAGAUACUUAAUUGACCCCAAGGGUCUUCUCCUUCCUCAGUACACUAAUGCCCCACGGCUUAUGUACGUUGAAAGAGGGAGAGGGUUCAAGGGAGUUGUGCUUUCGGGUUGCCCUGAAACGUACCAAGAGUCUCAGCAAUCGGCUGGGGAGUUUCGUGAUCGCCACCAGAAGAUCCGCCGUGUUCGCACCGGUGACCUCUUUGCUGUGCCUGCUGGCUCUGCUCAUUGGACGUAUAAUGAUGGCAAUGAGAAACUUAUUAUCGUUGUUCUUCUUGACGUUAGUAACCAUGCAAACCAACUGGACUUCCAUCCAAGGGCGUUCUACUUGGCCGGAAACCCAGAGGAGGAAUUCCCGGAGAGGAGAUCGGAAUAUAAGCAAGAGCAAACACGACACAGUACCCGCCGGGAGGGAUCAAGCAACAAGAACAACAUCUUCUUUGCCUUCGACGAUAGAGUUCUCGCAGAAGUUCUCAACAUAAACACCGAGAUGGCGAGGAAGCUUCGUGGAGAAGACGACUUCCGACGCAACAUCAUAAAGGUCGAGGGACAAUUCGAGGUAAUCAAGCCACCAAGAUCACGAGGAGGACAAAGAGGAGACGAACAACAAUGGGAGGAGGAACAAGAGGAGGAGCAAGAGAGAGCAUACGAGCGCAGCCGAGGCCGUCGAAGCCACCGAUGGGCCGACGACAAUGGUUUAGAUGAAACCAUUUGCUCUAUGAGAUUAAAGGAGAACAUUGGCGAUGCCUCCCGCGCUGAUAUCUACACACCUGAAGCUGGUCGUCUUAGCACCACCAACAGCCAUCGCUUCCCCAUCCUCCGCUGGCUCAAACUAAGCGCCGAGCGUGGUGUCCUUUAUAGAAAUGCAAUGUACGUCCCGCAUUGGAACCAAAACGCACAUAGUGUCAUAUUCGUAACAAGAGGCCGUGCGAGAGUCCAAGUAGUCGACGACCGAGGCCAAACCGUAUUCGACGGCGAGCUACAACAACGACAGCUACUAGUGGUACCACAAAACUUCGCCUUAGUCAAGAAAGCAAGCGAUGAAGGGUUCGAAUGGGUAUCAUUCAAGACCAAUGACAACGCCAUGAUCACCCCACUGGCCGGGCGGACCUCAGCCAUGAGAGCCUUCCCAGUUCAAGUCAUUGCCAGCGCUUAUAGAAUCUCAAACGAAGAGGCUCUAAGGCUCAAAUUCAACAGGGAAGAGACCACUUUGCUGCCCCCACGCAUGUCAUCAUCGGCACGUAGGGCUAACCCGAUAGAAGCUAUGUAAAGCGCUUGGUUUGGUUCGGUUCGGUUUGGUUUGGUAGGAAGGGCCAGUUUUGGCUUUUGUUUUUAUGGUGUAAUAAUUUAGGUUUUAAAGCUUCGGAAUAAUCGUAAUAAUAAUAAUAAAGACGAGGCCUUUCUUAUA